GGAGCACCAGUGGAGGCAGAAGCUGCUGGGAGAGCUGGAGGACGAGUGGCAGGAGGCCACCGGGCGGCUGGAAGAGCGGCGGUCUCUGUCCACCAGCCCCUGCCACCAGGGAGGCAGAGAGACACCAGGAAGAAGGACGGACCCGGAGAAAGCUGGGCACAGAGCAAAGGAAAGGGGCAGGAGCCCGGGGGAGCCGACGGCGACCCAAGACAGUGAGGUUAAAAGAGCAGAACCCGAGAUGCAGACCAUGACACUUAAAGGUGCAUCUGUGACCACUGCUCUUCCUCCAUCCCACCUGCUCAGCCACCAGGCCUGUAGGUUUUGCCUAGAAACUCUCCUCCUUUCUCCUGCUGCGGCCUCCGUAGAAAUCAGGCUCCUGUCACCCGCUUGCUGGGUCAUUGCGAACCCUCCUGACUGGUCUGCACACUCUGGUUUCCCCUCCAGCCCUCCAGCUCCCGCACCCCAAUCCACUUCCAAGUAGCUGCCAGACUCGUCUUUCUAACUACCAAUCUGGGCGGGUCCUGCUCACCUAGCAGUUUGGGUGGCUCAUCACAAUCACAGUGGAAUGCAGACCUUUCCGUGGUCUCAGACCCCAGGAUAGCUCUCAGCUACAUGCCACCUCCUUCCCCUGCCGCCGGCACCCAGUCGCACCGCUCAGCACACGCCCUGCCGUCUGCACACAUGGUUCCCUCUGUCUGAACUCCUCCUCACCAUCUUCUCUGCCUCGAUGCCUAGUGCCUGAAGCCCACUCCCCAAGCGCCAUGCUUUUCUGCGGGCUGCCGUGAGCGCCCCGUCAUGGAUCUGUCACACCUACUGUCAUGUCCCAGUUACUUCCCUGUCUCCCACUCUGGAUUUUGAGGUCCCGAAGGUCAGGAGCCUGUCUUUUGCAUCUGUAUUCUCAAGGUCUUGUGCAAGAUGCUCAGUAAAUGUUAGUGGAACAGAGAAAACACUAAGUAUAUGGGAUGAGAACAAAAAGAAAUAAUAGAUAAGACUGUGCGGCAGGAAAGGCAGCGCUGCAGGCUGCGGCGGGAGCGGAAAGCACCCUGUGCACACCCUGGAGGUCACUGAGCUCAGGACCCCGCCCCGGGGCUCAGUGCCAGGGGAGAGGGCCCGGCGCCCGGCGCCCAGGGAGGAGGCUGCGCCUCCAUCACCCACCCUCAGCACCAGCCCCUCCAAAACUCUCCGAACGGAAGCCUACGACAUUAGUGAGAGUGAGAUUGUGUUCAGUCUCAUGAAACAUGAAUAAAAUCAUCUUUAGAAACCUCGCUUUUUUAAAAAUCUGCAGCUUACAAGCUAAGUGAAAACUGGCUCAUGUUCAAGAAUGUUCAAUGUUUUUCAUGCUGGCCAAUUCCAGGAACAGCCCAAAGGCCCCUCAGCAGGAGAAUGGAUAAAUCAAUUGGAGUCUGUUCACACAACAGACAUCUCCUCACAGCCGUCCUGACGCUCUCGUACGCAGCGGUGCCGGAAGAAGCCACACACAAAUGAGCGCGCUCCGUGUGGUUUCAUUUACCUGCCGUUCACAAGCAGGAAGAACUAAUCGAUGAACCCAGCCGUCCGCGCAGCCUGCGGUUCUCUGGGGCCUCAGCCUUCCUGCCUUCGGCUGAAAGGCAGCACCUCUGAGCCCUGGGGGCUUCCCCGGCCCAGCCGGCCUAGAACCGCCUGCCGCUGCCGCUUCCUCUAUAAAGGGCCCCCCGGGCGCACAGCAGGUCUCCCAUGCCACCACCGGGACAUCUCUCCCUGCGGAGGGGGCGUGGCGCCCCCCUCCUCCUCCUGGGGCUGCUGCUGGCCCUGCCACCUGCCGCCCAGGGGCUCCCCGAUGCUGGCCUCUCAGCUGCACAGACUGCCCAUCAGCACCCCCAGAAGCACUUCGCACAAGGCACCCUCAAACCUGCCGCUCACCUUGUUGGAGACCCCAGCGCCCGGCACGCGCUGCGCUGGAGAGCGAGCACGGACCGCGCCUUCCUCCGCCACGGCUUCACGCUGCGCAACAACUCGCUGCUGGUCCCCGCCAGCGGCCUCUACUUCAUCUACUCCCAGGUGGUCUUCUCGGGGCAGGGCUGCUGCCCCGCGGCCAGCCCCGCCCCCAUCUACCUGGCGCACGAGGUGCAGCUCUUCUCCGCCCAGUACCGCUCCCACGUGUCCCUCCUCAGCGCUCAGAAGUCCGUGAGCCCCGGGCCGCAGGGGCCCUGGGUGCGCUCGGUGUACCAGGGCGCCGUGUUCCUGCUCACCCGGGGCGACCAGCUCUCCACCAGCACCGACGGCAUCGACCACCUGCUCCUCGGGCCCAGUACUGUCUUCUUUGGAGCUUUCGCGCUGUAGAAAAUUCCAGAAAGAAAACAAAUUGGUUUCCAGGCCUUCUCCCCAUCUUGCCUCCACCCUGACCAUCUCAAAGGUCACCUUGCCUGUGACCAUUCCAGCAGUCUCAGGUCUCCCUGCUCAUGUCACCUGGAGCUUCAAAGAAGGCGCCCUGGGCACCCAGGGUCCCCUCCCCAGCCGCCCAGAUCCCACUGCGCUCCGGGCGCCUGGACGCUCCCACCCAGAGCUCUGCUCUGUGCUGCCCGGCCUCGCGGACAGGGAGGGCGGGACAGGGAGGGGAGCAGGCACGUGGGGAGCAGGUGGCUGUCUGGAGG